CAUGGACAUCGUUGGCUUUCUGAAGUCUCAAUUCAUUUGCCAUCUUCUGAUCUGCUACAUAUUUAUAGUGUCAGGACUGAUCAUUAACUUCAUUCAGCUCUUUACACUUACACUUUGGCCGAUCAACAAGCAACUGUUCAGGAGGAUCAACUGCAGACUGGCUUACUCCAUUUCAAGCCAGAUGGUGAUGUUGCUGGAAUGGUGGUCAGGCACUGACUGUACCCUCUACACUGACCCAGAGAGCUACCACAAGUAUGGGAAGGAGAAUGCCAUCGUAAUCCUCAAUCACAACUUUGAAAUCGACUUUCUCUGUGGUUGGAACUUUUGUGAAAGAUUUGGGGUCUUGGGGAGUUCCAAAGUGCUUGCAAAGAAGGAGCUCUCCUACAUGCCUAUCAUUGGGUGGAUGUGGUAUUUCCUAGAGAUAGUCUUCUGCAAGCGUAAGUGGGAGGAAGAUCGGAAAACAGUCAUGCAGAAGUUGCUGAAUCUCCGUGAUUACCCUGAAAACUUUUGGUUCCUGAUUCAUUGCGAGGGCACAAGGUUCACAGAACAGAAGCACCAAAUCAGCAUGCAGGUAGCCGAAGCCAAAGGCCUGCCCAAGCUCAAGUAUCACCUACUGCCACGAACAAAAGGAUUUGCUGUCACCGUGCAGUGUUUGAGAAAUGUAG